UCAAGAUGGCGGCGGCCGGGUUGCAACCUCUACCCGGCAAGUUCGCCGCCGCGCCUGCCGUCCACCACAGCCACUAGCGCCGCUGAGCGCGGAUCCCAGCUGCAGCGGUCAUCCUUUCCGCGCCCUUGAGUUGGCACGUGAAGGACCGAGGAGGAAGCCGGAGCUGCUAUGAGGGAGGCGCUAGGGGCGAGCCCGGAGGCGGCGCUGAGGUGAAGGAUGCUCACUGGGAGGCCCGGAGCUCGGAGUGCCGUCGCGGGACUGGGCACUGAAUCCUCGGACACCCGCGACCAAGCCCCCCUCAACCCUCGGUUGAGCGGUGGGCGUCACCGAGCUGCCGUGUACCUAGAUAUGAAAAUCCAUCUAGAGAAAAAUUUAGAAGAAGAGCGCCAAAUAUUACUGCAGCAACAGAAAAUAUGUCGAAAUCGAGCACGUAAAUAUUUUGUGGAGUCAAACCGGAGAAAAAAAGCUUUUGAAGAGAAAAGAAAAGAACAAGAAGAAAGAGAAUAUCAAAUUAGAGAACAAAUACUUCAAGAAAGAAAACAGAAGUUUGAAGAAGUUACUGAAAAAUUCCAACGUGCCCAUAUUCCUCUUUCACAGCGGAGGAGAGCAGUUUUUCAAAAACCAGUGCCUCCAUUAGAAGAAGCCCUCAAACAAAUUCAAGAAUCCAACUUAAAAUCAAAAGUGAACUUUUCUUCUUCCCACAGACCAACAAUAAACCAGAGAUCCAUUCCUGCCUGUCCAGCUGUCUCUACACCUUAUCCCUACUUACCUGGGCAGCCGUCUCCUUCACGGGCCCCAUUGCUAUCCCACCAUUCCCAAAUUCUUCCAAGCUAUCCAACUGUUUCUCCCACCCGCCAACCCUAUAUCCUGCCUAUCCGUCCAUCUGUCCCCUCUACUCUUCAGAAGACCUUUUUACCAGCCCCCUUAUUGUCCUACCCAAUUAAAUACCUUCCUCGCCCUCCAGCCCCAGUUACUCCCAGCUUUUCUAGCAGUUUCCCUUUUCUACCAGCCCCAGUUCCUUCUGGUCCACCUGACCAUUUACCACAGCCACCCCGAAAUUCCCCAACCAUUCCUGAUUCUGACUCCCAGAGCAAGUUAUUUUACAAAACUUUCAGGCACAAACAUUGUACCCCAGCCACUCUAAUGCCUGCCCUUGUUCACCGUUCCCUUCCAGCUCACCUGGUUGUUUCCCCAACCCCUUUGGAAGCUCUCCCAGUUUUGAAGCCUUCUGGUUUAUUCAGUCAUCCCUCUCAUCAACUGGUCCCCACUCGUUCUUAUAGCACUUCAUUGUCUGAACAUCCUGCUAGCUUAGAACCUUUUCAGUCAGUCCAGCAAUCUCUUCCAGAGACCACAUUAUCAAAUCUUCCCCAGGCCUUUGCAGACCAUCCACCUGCCUUGAUUCCCUCCCACCCACCUCCCUGUCAUUCUCCAUCCUCUUCUUUGUCUUCAUCUUCUUCUACAUCCUCUUCUUCACCCUCUGUACAGCGUUCUUCUUCACCCAUUCUUGCUUCUCCUUCACCUUCUUCCUCUUCCUGUCCAUCCUUACCUCUCUCAUCUAACCCUCUUUUUUCCUCACCUUCGCAUUCAACUCCCUCUCCAUGUUUACUUCACACUUAUUUAGAUUUUCCCUCUCCAAUUUCUCCUGUAUCUUCUUCCUUUAUGAUUUCUUCUUCCUUUCCCCCCAUGCUUCACUCUCCCUCUCUUUCUACCUCCCCAUCUCCUUUUAUUCCUGUCCAUCCCUUUAAUCCUCCUCCCUGGGGGAAGAAAGUAGAGAAGAGAAGAGAAGCAAGUGGAGUAGCGAAGAAAGAAAUAGAGAAGAAAAAGUUGAGAGACGACAACUGUAAAGAGCUAUAGACAAUACUUUACCUUCAUCACUAUCAAAAAAUGAUCAGAAGCAUCAGAAACAUCUCUUAUCCAAAACCAAUUGUGAUAAAGAAAUGAAGGAAAACAGCAGGACAGACUUGGCUGCUAACAAAGAUGCAUUCCAGCUUAAACUAGUGGAAACUCAGAAACUCCUAGAAGAUCAGCAUCUAAGCAGUUUGCAAAAAUUUUGUGAUGAAGUUUAUCAGAUAACAAAUUCUGAAAUCCUUUCAAGUGUAGACAGUCUUGAGGCUGGAGAACAUGAAGAAAUCUAUUUAACACUUACUAAUAAAGAGCCUUCAACAUCAAUCCAGCAGAGUUCUGUUUUCCUCAAAUCAGCAAAUCUACAAUCAACUAAUCUAAGCUGCUUUGAUGAAGAUAAACUGUCAUUCUCUAAAACUCAACAUAUAAAUAAUUGGCUAAUAAAUUUAGAUGAUCCAAAUACUCAAAAUGCCAAAUCUCUCUCAGAUAUUUUAAGUAAACCUAAUGUUCUGCCUUCACGUGAAUGUUUUUAUAGUAAAGAACAAAAUCCAUCUGCUGUAGGUAGAACUGUGGAAAAAGCUACAAAUACUACCAGUAAUCUAGUAGGCUUUGUAUAUAGUCCACCCAUAUUUAUACAUGAUAAAAAAAGCAAAAAGACUUCUGAAAAUAGCACCACGAGGACAACUGACUCCGCUUCUGGGGCAUUCAAAAGGGAGAGACCUUUCGGUUUUGAAAGACCAACAUUUAAAUUUAGCAAAUCCUGGAACACUCCAGAUUCUCUAACUCAAGAUAUGGCUACAAUUUCAGACAACGUGAAAUAUUCUGAAUUAACUCAAGAAAAUAGAACUACUUCAAUUCCUACUUCAUUUGUACCUGUGGCAACAUCUUUAUUUUUGUCACCUAAUACACAAUCAGCUAAACUGUUACCAAAGAAUAGUAUACAUAUAAAAGAAAUCGACCCAGUUCAGUGUUCUGAUAAAUUAGGAGAAUUGAAAGAUGUUAAAAAUGAGAAGAUAAAAUAUUUUAAUUGUAAUAAGGAAGAAUCGCCUUUAUUUUCAGACAAUUUUCCAGCUGCCUAUAUACCUCACAACUUUGAUUCAAAAGAUAAAAAACAGAAAAUAACUAAAACAUCUACAUCAUUGUCUAAUAUAAUUUCUAAUUGUGACCUAGUUGGUCAGCACAAGAAAAUGAGAUACAAUAUUCAUGAGAGAAGCAGUGUGAGGUUUCUAAAAAGUAUUUUAAAAAAAGAAUCUAAAUAUGAACAUGAUUAUUUUGAGGCACUAGUCAUAAAUCAAAGCUUUAAGUUAGGAAAUGAAAAAGCAGAAGCUAUCAGAGAUAGUAUUGAAUUAACAAAAGAAAAAGGAAAAAGUGCAGAAGUUCCAAAGACUAUUAAAAAACUGAGGUGGUUUGAUGAAACUGGAGAUACGGGAAAAAAUGCUGAAGGUAAUCAUUCACUGAAAAAUAGAGGAGAAAUAUCUCAACAGUGGUCUCAACCACUCCACAUUCAAACUGAUAAUGCUAAUGCCAGCAAUAUAGUUAGUGUUCCUGCAUGUACUGUGAAUUCUACUGAUACUAAAAAGCCCAUGGGUGAUUCUGUCUCUGAAAAUGUUGCUGCUUUAGGAGGAUCUGGAAUUAACCAUGCAUCUUUGAACUGUUCUGUAUCUUCAGAUUUUAACAUUGCUAAACAAGCCUGGUCAGCCUCAGAAAAAGAAGAAAGUAAAUCUCCUAUAUAUAGCAGUAAUUCUAAAACUCAGAAAGCUAAUCUACAAAGAGAUAGAGCAAAGGUAAUUAGAACAAAAUCUGUUAAAGUUCAGUCAGGGUUUGUAUAUCCAAACAGAAAAGGCACAGUUAUUCGAACACAGUCUGCAAGCAAAACCAACACAUUUUUACAAGCUCAGGGUAAAUUAAUUGUACCUCAUCCUCCUAAAUCUACAUCAAAUAUUAGGAGUCAUAAAAAUAUACAGGUAUCUCAGUGUCAGUCAGAAAUGCCUGAAAAUUCUCAAAAUGUUAUUACAAAUAACUAUUUUAAUUCAAAACAUGUGCUUCCAACAGAACACAAGUUGAAUCAGUGGAAUAAAGAAAGUAAUCUUCCACUCUCACAUGUUUAUUCUGACUCAGUCACUGUGGUGCCAUCUCUACCGUAUUGUUCUUCUGAGUUCCACACUUUGGCAAAAAUAAAUUACUCAAAUAGCCCUGAAAUUUUUGCCCACCAAGAUGGAGUAUUAUAUUGCACCCAAAGGUGUCCUAUGCAUGAAGAAAGUCAUUACUCUGUGGCUUUUAGGCCUAUUAAAGAAGAAUCGGUUCCCUCAUGGAAAAGACAGCAUAAUAUUCUGAGUCAAAAUGAAAAGGCUGCUGAUUCUACUGUUAUGAGAAGAAAACGAAUUGUUGGAAAUAAAAAGAGAACUCGUUUAGAGAAGAAAAAACAAAACCCUGGAUCUGUAGGACAGAAGUGCAGUAAGCAAAUGAAUAAUUUUGGACCAAGUGUCCAGCUAAGUUCAAGUCAACCGAAACAAACAACAAGGGAUACUUCUGAUAUUGAAGAAGUUUCAGACAGUACUUCUGAGUUUUUGAUGGCUGAAAACCUAGUGAAAUCUUCAGUGCCUGAGGAUGAAAUUCUAAGUGUCAUGAGUGGCAAACAGCUGCAGAAACCAGAUAUGGCUUUAAAUAAGACCCAGCAAUUCAACAUUUGUGCACUAUCAGCCGAAGAACAGAAGAUCCUACAGUCCCUUGAUCGUCUCAAUGAAAGGUUAUACUAUGUACAAGAAACAAUUUGCAAAAAUCCAUCCAUCAAAAAUACCUUCCAAAUAAUACCAUUUCUGAACAUCCAGCCAAGGACCAGCCAAUCUCCCGAUGUUGGAUCUAUAUUACAGAGAAAAUACUGAUGAAAGACUAUAACAGUAACUAUUAAAUGGAAUCAUUAUUUUUUAGAAUCUCCUGUAAAUAUGUCAUAUAUUUUUGAAAUUUGUUAAUGAUUAAGACACUAUAACCAUAAAAUAAGAUAAAUUAUAACAUGUGUAAUGGAGUAAAUUACUUAACUUAUAUUUAUGCCACAAGUUAUAGUUUAUUAUGUAUUUUAUUGAUAAAUAAACUUUAAUGAAUGGAAAUAAUUUAUUAUUUUUAAUGAGAUGCUACUAGAAAUAAAUUCAUUGUAUUUAAAAACAAAAUGAAGGCUAUUUUGUUAUUCAAAUUAUGUAUUAGCUACUAUUGAACAGCUUUGUUUUCCUGAAAUUCCUAAUAAAUUCUAUUAAAUUUU